UCGACUUCUUUGGGCCUCUGACAAUUAAAGAGGAGGGAAAAAUUGGUAAAGCUUAUGGGGCCUUAUUUACUUGUUUGGUUGUUCGUGCGAUUCAUCUCGAGUUUGUGGAGGAUUUGUCAGCCGUCUCUUUCCUCCAGGCAUAUCGACGUUUUAUUUCUCGCCGCGGAAUUCCAAAAAUAAUUCUCUCCGAUAAUGCCACUAACUUUCAAAUGGGUGCCAAAAUAGUUAAAAAAUUAAAUGAUAAGACAUGGUUCUCCCAAGAAGUUCAAGAGUUUACGAAGUAUCAAGGUACCCAAUGGCGAUUUAAUACUCCGAGAAACCCCCAGGAGGGAGGAGCCUGGGAGCGUCUUAUAGGUAUCACUAAAAAGGCGCUGAAAAGAUGUGUGGGUAAAAGUCUUUUGAAUAGGACUGAAUUGACUACUCUUUUUUGUGAAUUAGAGUCAGUAGUCAAUUCACGUCCUUUGACGUUUCAAUCUGAUCGUGAGCCAAUACAGUCAAUUAGGCCAAUAGAUUUUCUCAUCCCGUACCCUCAGACCGAAGUAAAUUUUCCCGACUUGGAAGAGGAAUCGGAUUAUGAAGAGGAGGUAGUUAAAUAA